UCAAAACAUGGCGGACAGUGGGGUGAAGAGUGAUCUUUUGUCUGAAAUACAGAAUGCGUUUCUCAGCGAAAAACGAAAUCUUGUAGUUCAAAACUUUGGAACUCAAUAUGAUCUACUCGAAGUCUGUCUUGAGAGAAGUGUGGUCGAAAAAGUCAACCAUGUCUACAAACACAAGGUGAAUGAAGUUAAACCAGUAACAAACCAAAGGGCAUCCGGACGAUGCUGGAUAUUUGCAUUUUUGAAUGCAAUUCGCCAAAAAUUUGUGCAACACUUUAACUUGGAAGACUUUGAAUUUAGCCAACAGUUUCUCUACUUCUGGGACAGAAUUGAAAGGUCGUAUUUUUUCAUAAAUACCUAUGAAGAACUUGCUCGGAAAGGGGAAGAACCAGAUGGACGUUUGAUGAUGUUUCUUCUGUCCAACCCUUUAAAUGAUGGUGGCCAGUGGGACAUGCUUAUCAACCUGGUAGAAAAAUAUGGCCUGGUGCCGAAGGCUGUGUGGCCUGAAACAUUUACCUCUAAUAGGUCCAUGCGUUUGAGGCGGAUAAUGAAUCACAAGCUGCGGGAAUAUGCUGUACAGCUUAAAGAACUGGUGGACAAGAAAUGCAGUGAAGAGGAAAUGAAAGAAGCCAAGAAGAAAAUGAUGACAGAGGUGUACCGUAUAACAAGCAUAUGCCUUGGCACUCCACCCAAGACUUUUGAGUGGGAAUAUACAGACAAAAGUAAAAAGUAUUUCCAGCUGUCAGGAUUAUCUCCACUUCAAUUUUACAAUGAGCAUGUCAAACCAGUCUACAACCCUCUUGACAAGGUGUGCCUAGUGAAUGAUCCUCGCAAUCCUUACAACAAACUGCUGACAGUAGAGUACCUCAGUAACAUGGUGAAUGGACUGUGCGUCCUUUACAACAAUCAACCUGUGGAGGUUCUCAAGAAGUUGACAGCUGCAUCUCUCAAGGACGAUGAGGCAGUUUGGUUUGGAUGUGAUGUUGACAAACACUUUGAAAGAAAGAUUGGAGCACUUGAUAUGGAAAUUCAUAACUAUGAUUGGGCAUUUGGCAUUUCCAUGAAAUAUUUAAACAAAGCACAGCGUUUGCUGUAUGGUGGAUCGCUCAUGACCCAUGCUAUGGUGUUCACUGGAUUUUCCUGGAAGGAAAACUCGAAAACCAGCGACACGGAAGAUCAUUCAAAACCGGUCGAGGAAGGUGGCACAGCGGACAUAGAAACCAUAAAAUGGCGUGUGGAGAAUUCCUGGGGUGAUGAGAAGGACAAACCAGGUUAUCUUAUGAUGACUGACACCUGGUACUCAGAAUAUGUCUAUGAAGUUGUUAUAGACAAGAAAUAUGUCCCUGCUGAUGUGUUGGGUGUCCUGGAACAGCAGCCAAUAGUGCUGCCUGCUUGGGAUCCGAUGGGGUCCCUGGCAUGUGUUUUGUGUGACAAUGGGGAACAUAUAUCUCAUUUGUAAUGAUUAGCGUGCUUGCUAUUUAUCGAUUACUUUGUAAUGCACGUUUUCACGAUAUCUAGCAACUAUAUAUCUCACUUGUAACAAUUUGGAUAAUAAUGAUAAUAAUCAUCUUUAUUGGGGAAACUUUUUCAUAACAAAUAUGGUUUUCAAAAAGGACCUCGAA